GUCAACGCAACAGCUUUGUGUUUUGUUUACAUAUAAUGUGAGCAAAUAAAGUCAUCUACAAUUCAUAUUGAUGAACUAUGUCAUCUACAAUUCAUAUUUUUUUGUUGAUUUUGUUUAAUUUAGUUUGGAAACACAUUGAAGGCCAUGUUACAUUACUGCCACCACUUCCAAUUUCCAUUUUGCAACAAACACACAGCGGACGUCCUGUUUGUGCAUAUUUUACACGUGAAGGCUUGUUACCAAAUUUUGACAACUUGCUUUCAAAGUUCAUUGAAUCAAAAUUUGCAAAGAAGCACUGUGCUGAAUGGAAGAUAGGAAGUGUACAGAUUGAGGAUAUCAUACAGAUAUCACCUCCACCAACUUUAUACCCUCGGGUAUUGCCUUCCUUACAAUGUGACAUUGGCGAUGAUCUACCCUUUGAAUUUCUCUUUCAAAAUAAAUCUCAGAAAUCUCUCAGAAGAUGGUUUAAACAAGUGUCAAAAGAAUAUCGAUCACGACCAAAGUUUGUAAAAUCGUUGACUGAAGUGAGUGAUGUGAUCUUGAAAAAUCAGGAAGCCAUCUCUAUUCUAAUGAUUAUGAGUAAAGAAUAUCUUUCAACAAUAAAGAAAACUCUUCAAGAGGUGAAACAGGCACACAGUUCUAACAUUUUCAAUUUUAUGGUAAUCAGCCCCAAAAUUAUAACGUCGACAUCUCGGAAAGAUAUUCCGAAGGAAAAGUUAGUUCGUGGUAUUAAGAAAUAUCCUGCAAUACUUAUCUUUUCUUAUGAAGUUUGGAUACAACAGAAGACCUAUGCUCGAGCAUUGGAAGGAAGCGAAAGAGUUUCUUCAGCUAGUAUGCAGCUUGCAUUAAUGUCUCUCGAAGAUGUAUUUAUGAAUGAGAGAAGCUUUGGUGCAGAAACUUGCCUUUGGUAUUCAGGUUGAUGGAUGUUAAUGAAGGAAACAACUCCCGAGUUUUCUCAAGGUAUAUCAACAGCACGAAAAUUCAUGGUUUUCCCGUGUUUGUCCUUUUUUGGCAAGAAUUGAUGGAACCAUACG